AUGUCAUCGAAGAUUAAGCAAUUCGAGAAUAGUUUAUUAGCUAUAAAAAAUCGGUUUUGGGCCUUACAACGUGAUUUAAUUUUAAAAGAGGAUUACAUCAAAUAUCUUGAAAAGGCAAUCAUAAUUCGGGAUGACGAACUAGAUCCAUUGCGUCAACAAAUUACUGAUAUAAAAAAACGAUUGCAAAAGGCACUCCAGACCUCCGAGAGUCAAGAGAAAUAUAUAGAUUAUCUAGAAAAGCAGUUAUUUGCAUCACAGCUCUUGAAUAGACGAGCAACCCAGCAAUUGGAACGGCAGUUGCAACAAUAUCAUAAUCAUGGAACAAUAUUAGAGUAUUGGCGAGAUCAACUUAUUCUUAGAUAUGAGAAAUGGAAAAAUAAAACACAUGGCUCCCGACAAAUAAUUAAUAAUUUGAAUCAGCAAAUUUUUGCAUUACAGAAUAAUCCAUUAGUAAAUCCACACAAUAUGGCUGCCUUAACUGAUGUUACAUCAUCAUUAGCCCCGAUGAUUGCUCAAAUUCCAAUAUAUAUUGGGCAGGAACCUCUAAUAGAAUAUUAUAACAAAUUUAUAUUAGCUGAAAGAUUCAUAUCAUCCAAUCCAUUUCAAAAUAACGCAGGUAAUCAAGUAAAUACACCAACACUUUUUCUUGAUUGGUUAGAGGAUAAAUAUCGAGAAGUAAUGAUAGGAACUAGUCAAGCAUCUAUGAAAGCACUUAUAAAUGAAAAAUUUUCUCCACUUGAUAUACCAGAUAGCUAUAAGCAAAGAAUUCGUACAUUUACACAUUCUAUUGCAGAUGCCGAUUGUUUACCUAUACUCUAUAAUCAUUUACCAGAAAAUUUAGAACUCUGA